UCUGUUACGUGCAGACAUAAGGAGCAGCAACACGUGUGUUUUUUGCAUACCUUUGCGAAUACAACAAUUACACAUCUGAGAAGUGACGGUUACUAUUUUACGAGUUCUGCUGAUUCAUUAGUUACUUAUUCUAAAGUGAAACACCGAUAUUCACAAAUUGUUUAUACGAUGCUUCGUCGUCUCGAUGAAAACAAACAAACAAACACCUCAUUAUAUAUCGACCAAAUGCCAGAAAAUGUCCAGAAAAUAUUAGUGAUACCCAUGUCUCUCUUCAUUUCAAACUGUUGGAGGUUCAACACCAUUGGCCUGUUUAGUCAUCGUCUGUACGGGAGAAAGAGCAACAAUGAAGAUGGGAUGGAAGAUCCAGAACACCAAAUGGAAGUAUCUGACAUCACCCAACUGGUCCCAUGUAAAGAAGUGCCUGUCAAAAUAGAUGAAAUCAUGCAGCAAGAGACCAGUCCACUGUGUGCGGUGGAUAUUGAAGAAGUAAUAAAGAAGCAGUUUGCCUACCUAUCAGGAGGUAGAGGGAAAGAUGGCUGCCCCAUCAUCACUUUUCCUGAAUAUCCAACCUUCGGUGAGAUCCAAGAGAAAGAAAUUCAUGAUGUCCUCACCUACCUCACCAGCAUUCCCAGCUUACAAGCUGCUGGGGUUGGAUUUAUCCUCAUCAUAGAUCGAAGACAAGACAAAUGGACCUCUGUGAAAGGCACCCUGCUGCGCAUAGCGGGGUCCUUCCCAGGGAAUCUGCAGCUCAUCCUGGUGCUUCGUCCCACUGGGCUGUUCCAGCGAGCUCUCUCUGACCUCAUCUUCAGAUUCAACAAAGAUGAGUUUAAGAUGAAGGUACCGAUCAUCAUGCUGAGUUCAGUAACAGAAUUACACAGUUACAUCGAUAGAACCCAGCUAACCCAAGAACUCGGCGGUACUCUGGAAUAUUGCCAUGAUGAGUGGCUUUCUCAUCGGACGGCGAUUGAAGGUUUUGCCCUAAUGGUGAAAAAGACUGCUCAAAUGCUUCAGUCUUUUGGGACUGAACUUGCGGAAACUGAACUGCCAAAUGAUGUGCAAGCAACCACGAGCCUUCUCGAGGUACAUACAGAAAAGAAAGAGAAGAUGAAGGAAGAUUUGAGGCGAGCCCUAACCCAGGGACAUGGACUUCUUGAAAGCAUUAAUGAGCCAAUCAGGAAGGAUCCAGAUUACACACUGAACCAGGAUGAGCUGGAGAAUCUGGCCACUGUGGAAAGGCUGCUCGGUCAGUUAAAUGAGACUGAAACCGCUUUUGAUGAAUUCUGGGAUAAGCAUCAAAGCAAGCUUGAGCAGUGCCUGCAGCUCCGGCAUUUUGAGCAGAAUUUCCGGGAGAUCAAGGUGCCAUUAGAUCUUGCAACGGAGCGACUGGCUGCAUUCACAGACCCUGGAAACUGCACCACACAAGUGGAGCACAUUCUGCGAGACUUGAGUAGUCAUGAAGAGAAAACUUGUGAGGUAUUGGACCAGGCAAAGGACCUGGCAUCGGAAGGAGAUCAGCUGAUCCAGAACAAUCACUAUGCUGUGGACUCCAUUCUCCCCAAGUGCAACGAGCUGAGACGUGUGACUGAGGAUCUCGCCUCGGAGAUGCAGCUGAGGAAGGCUUUUCUCCACAGGUGUUUGGAGUUGCACCAGAGUCUUGAAAAGGCUGCCCAGUGGUGUGAUGAAGGGAUCUACCUGCUGGCUUCACAGCCUGUGGACAAGUGCCAGUCUCAGGACGGAGCCCAGUCAGCCCUGCAGGAGAUCGAGAGGUUCUUGGAGGCUGCUGCUGACAACAAGCUCCACGACCUUGAUACGAUCACCAACGACUAUGAAUCGAUACUUAAUCAGGAGUUCAGCGAACACGUGCUGAAGGUGCUCCAGAAGCAGGAGGGGAUGCAGGAAAUGUUUGAGAAGCGGCGUGUGAGCCUGAAGAAGCUGGCCGCCAAACAGACCCGACCUGUUCAACCGGUGGCACCCAGGCCUGAGGCUUUCAGUAAAUCUCCUCACUCGUCCCCAGGGCUCCGCAGAGGCUCUGUAAACACAUUCUCCCCCGACAAAGACGCCUUGUGCAGACUAAACUACCGAAAAGGGGAAUGUAACGUAAGCAGGACUGAAUCUAUGUCUGAGGAAGAGGAAAACCUAUCGGUACUGCGAAGACAUGUGAUGAAUGAGCUGAUUGAAACCGAGAGAGCCUAUGUGGAAGAGUUACUGUGUGUACUUGAGGGAUAUGCAGCAGAGAUGGAUAACCCUGUAAUGAUGCAUCUUAUACCAGCGGCACUGCAGAAUAAGAAGGAGAUUCUCUUUGGUAAUAUGACAGAAAUCUACCAAUUCCAUAAUAGGAUAUUUCUAAGGGAGCUUGAAAAUUACAUCCACUAUCCAGAACUUGUAGGAAGGUGUUUUCUUGAAAGGAUGAAAGAUUUACAGAUUUAUGAGAAGUACUGCCACAAUAAACCCAGGUCAGAAAGCUUGUGGAGGCAGUGCUCAGACUGUGUCUUCUUUCAGGAAUGCCAGAAGAAGCUAGAACAUAAAUUAGGUUUGGACUCUUAUUUAUUAAAACCCGUACAGAGGAUAACGAAAUAUCAGUUAUUAUUAAAGGAGUUGUUGAAGUACAGCAAAAACUGUGAUGGGUCUGACGAUCUACAGGAGGCCCUGACCGCAAUACUGGGGAUUCUGAAAGCUGUCAACGACUCCAUGCACCUGACCGCCAUUACUGGAUACGAUGGGAACUUGAAUGAUCUUGGCAAGCUGUUGAUGCAAGGAUCCUUUAACGUGUGGACAGAGCAUAAAAAGGGACACUCGAAGGUGAAGGACCUGGCCCGUUUCAAGCCCAUGCAGAGGCACCUCUUUCUGCAUCAGAAGGCCCUGCUGUUCUGCAAGAAGAGAGAAGAGAACGGGGAAGGAUACGAGAAGGCACCUUCCUACAGCUUCAAACAUUAUUUAAAUAUGAGUGCUGUUGGAAUCACAGAGAAUGCAAAGGGAGAUUAUAAAAAGUUUGAAAUCUGGUGUAAUGCAAGGGAAGAAGUUUACAUUGUACAGGCUCCAACACCAGAAAUAAAAACAGCAUGGGUAAAUGAAAUCAGGAAGGUGCUAACUGGCCAACUGAACGCAUAUCGCGAAGCAAGCCAACAGAAGUCUUCAGAACAAGUGUUUCAAUCUGAUGGAGCUAGUACACCUAUUAGUUCAAGUAGUCCAUUUAAGAGUUAUCAAAAAUAUAACAAGAAAUCGGAUGAGAAAAAGAGUGAACCAGCCAGCCCAGAUGGCUGCUUUGGUUCAGCUACUUCCCCAAAGUACCCAGAAAAAGUCAGAGAUGAAGCCACAACUAGCCCUACCUCAGAGCGUUCUGCGGGGGCUAAAAAGCGUUUUACUUUACAGGGCUUCAGUAACCUUAAGAAUCAGAAAGAAUCGCCACCUCCCACGGUUAAAAGUCGAACGUUACCAAUCUCACUUCUUUCAAGACCAGGAUCUCCUACUAGCCCUGACAAUAAAGCAAAACGGCUCGAGAUCAAGAGCGAUCCAACACCGUUUGGCUUUAGAGAUGUGAGUCCACAUACAACAAUGACUCGAGUAAAAUGGCUCAGUACCUCUAGUCUGUUACAAGCAAAAAGGACAGUUUGGGGUAAAGCAUCCCAGUCUCUCGAUGCAUCUGAAGAAAAUGAUGGUUAUUCCAGUGCAGAAGAUCCACUCAAUUCCUCGGAUGCAGAGGAGGAGGCGGCAGGUAAAAAACUGAGUCCUGGUAAAUAUACAGUAGUAGCCGAGUAUGACAAAGGAAACACAGAUGACCUGACAGUGAAAAGCGGAGAAAUGGUCCAGCUGAUUCGGGAAGGAGAAGAUGGGCAAUGGUAUGUUAAGAACCUCAAUACCAGCAAAGAGGGAUGGGUUUCUGCUACAAACCUACUGACAAUGAUCGGGGACUCCAAAUCUUCGCUUUCUUUGUGUAGCUCAGAAUCAGGCACUGGUUCCAGUAACCUGAGCACAUCCUCCAGCUGCAGUGAGAGUUGUACAGCCAGUAACACCAGCAUCUCUGACAUCAAAGGCUAAGGACCGGCCUCAUCUGUCAAACUUGGUGCCGAUUCCUGGGAAGAUUCUGUCCUUCUCUGUAUAGACCAGAACACUGGCAGUUGCUUUGACAGCCUAUUAAUCUUCAGACUGAAGGAAUUAACACUGUCAUAUGUGUGAUCCAAUGCAGCUUGCCCACACUUAAGUGCUAACUACUCUAAAGCAAACCAUCGGAUUUCUCCUGGAGCAAUGCAAUAUUUGCGAGAGAGACUUUUCCUACUUUAACAGGAGCAUCUGUGGACAGGUGAUUCGCAAUGAGUGAACCAGCAUUGUGUGGGUUUUUUUUUUGUUUGUUUGUUUUGUUUUGUUUUUUGUUUUUGUAAGGAACAGAUUUAAAAUAAAAUAUGACAAGAUACCUAUUUUCCCCCAAAACUGCCCGAAAAAAAAAAAAAAAAAACUUGAGAAGGAUGCAAGAACCUAAAUAUUUUCUGCAGGACGCAACCUCUUCUGAAAACAUUAAUUUUGUUGUGGAAAUGCAGUAUCGCAUGUACAGCACUGUGUAUAUAUCUAGUUUUUUGUUUGAGUACAUUGAAGUACUAAGGUCUACACUCCAUUCCAGUUUGGUCCUCUGGCACACUGUAUACUAUUAACAACUGCAGCAGUAAAAGAGUAUUCCUAGCCUCUGCUUUGAAAGCUUUUUGAUUGCAAAGAGGAUUUGAAUACUUAGUAAUGCUAAAAGAAACCUUUGACAAACAUUUCAAAGACACUGAGAGAGACGUCUAGUGUUUAAAUAAGAAUUUCAUUAUUUUAGUAUUGAUGAAUAUGUUAAAUUCUUUUUUUUUUACACAACCUAAUUAGCCAUUUUUAUGGUUCUCUUGCCUUUUGAAAAAAACCUUCUAAACAGCCACGGUUUACAAAGUGAGUGUUUGAUACUUUGACAGACUUGUUAUCUUUUGCUGUUGGUGUACACUGCAGUUGUAUACUGUACUUGACAUUGCUUUCUCGUUUUAUUUUUAAGAGCGGUUUUGUCAAGGGUUUUUUUUGCUGCUUUUUCUUUAACGUUUUGAAGCAGGUGUCUAAUUUAUUUCUUGUUGAAGAAAAAAGCAUAAGGGAAAACGUGGUUACUUUUACCUCAUUGAUUUUUUUUUUUUUUUUCAGACACGUAGUAUUGUGUGUGUGUGUAUAUAAGGUGAAAAAGAUAAAAACUUGUUAAAGGGUUUAAAGGAAAUCUGCCAUCAGAUACUAUCUUGGUUAUGCGUUGUACAUUGCUUGUUAUCCAUCUGUCUGUAUAUAAUGCAAGGCCACAUCUUUCAUACAGCUGCCUUUUCUCAGCCACACUUGCAUGAGAGGGAUGCCACAAAUGUGUUUUAGCAUUAUCAGGAAAUUAACACAAUCGUAGAUCUGUUGCAGCAUGCAAUUUCUAAAGCUUUUCUAAAACAAAAAACAAAAUAUAUAUGGGGGGGGGGGGGAUCAGUCUUGCCCAGAAAAGCCAUUUUUAUAGUUUAAUUUAUUGCCAUUCUAGUGCUGAUAAACUCCAAGUAAUGGCAAAGUACAGCACCUUAAUAAUGUGGCAUUCUCAAACGUGCUGUUUAUAGUGGAUGAAAUAGAUAGUGUCCUGUUGACAUUGACUGUCAUUUGGAAGUUAUUUUGUAUGCAAAAAUGCUUAAAUUGAAUAAGUGAAUCCCAAAUGCAAAUGCCCAAAGGACUUUUAAAUGAUUUGCACAAGUGAUGUUUAAUUCUUAACCUUCAGAGUUCUAUAUGACUAUAAUCUUGUAAAUGCAUGUUUCUGAAGCAUAAGUUAAUAAUUCUGCAAGUCUGCUUUGUAGUGUAAUGGACUGUUACUUGCUUAAGGUUUCAGAUUUGUGAAUAUGUUUUGGAUUGGGGUUUCUGUUUGUUGCUUUUGUAUAGUUCUUGUAUAAAUACACUCAAAGCUGCUGUAUCCCUGCAAUCCAUUACUUUUACACUACACAACAUAUUUGUGGGUGUCUAAUGUAUUCUUGUAUAGUUCAGCCUUCUGUACAUUGUGCUUUAUCAGGAACAUUGACAAACCCAAUUUGACAUUUUUAUCUCUAGGAACCUAGGCUCGCUUUUAAUAAAUGCUUGCAUCUACAAUAAAGUACUAUACUAUGUAAGCCAACAGACAUUGAAAAGGACACUUGUCAAAUGUGUCUACUAGACAUUUUCUUUGUUACUGACUUAAAUUGAAACAACUGUUUAAACACGGACAACAAGAUAGCAACCUUAUUAAACAUUCAAGUAUUUUAUUACCUGUAGGGGACACCAUUAAUUUAUUUCAACAAACAGGAGAUGACGCAUUUACAGUCAAAAAAAUGUCCUGUAAUGUGAUGUAUUUUUAGGGUUUAUUUCCUUUGAUUUGCACUUGCAAGGUCAUUAUGUUUGCUUUGCACUUUAUGCAGCACAUUGCAGCAAAUUUCUUUUUUUUUUUUUCUUUGAUAAAUGAAUAUAAUAAAUAUAUAUAGGGUCUUUAAUUUGUAUGGAUGUCUAACCUGAUUAAAUUCCAGUAAUAUGUGCUGGAAUUUGCAAUCAA